AUGGGCUUCCCGGACAAGUUUAUCGCCUGGGUUAAGGGUUUACAUGAAGGUGCUACUACCAAAUUACUGCUCAACAGCUGGCUGGGGGAUUGCGUAGACAUGGAGAAGGGAGUGCUGCAAGGUUGCUUGCUAGCCCCAUACCUCUUCCUCUGCGCGGUCGAGCCACUUUGCCACGAGAUCACUAGGAGGAAACUGGGGGUCAGGAAAAGGGGGAUGAAAGGAGAACUCGCUUACAUCAGCUAUGCGGACGACACAACACUUAUCCUGAAAGGGAAGGAUCAGGUGGAGCGGGCGAAGAAGGUAUUGGACGAGUUUGCGGACAUAUCGGGGCUGUGUGUGAACCGUGACAAGACGACAUUGAUGCCGUUGGGGAAGAAUCGGAGACGGUUGCAGCCUCUGGUAACGCCUUUCAAGUGGGCGGAGAAGGACAAGGUGGAAAGGCUGUUGGGUAUAUGGAUCACAUCUGGAGGGUCGCCGGUGUCGACAUGGGAUAAAGCCUUUGAGAGCAUAAAUGCGUGCUGGCUGGGAGGAGGUACGAGGUGGAGAUUAGCGGUGAAGUCUCUAUGGGACUCGAAAGUGGUGGCUAUUGGAGACCCUGCACACAGAUGGGAUGCGGAGGAAGAGCAGCUGCUGUUUAAUCGGAAGAUUUUCUUCAGGGGAAAAUCCCCUUUCGGCAAUCGGGCUGGAUCGCGCUGCCUAAAAGGUGUUCGGCUGGGCGAUCUUGUGUACAAGUGGUGGGACGGAAGCAGAACCCUCAAGGAUGCCUCUACCCUGGAGCGGGAAUUGGGGGGAGAGGAGCAGAGAAAGUGGGCGAUGAAGGCCUAG